AAAAGUUUCCAUGAACCAUGUCAGGAUCACAUCUGCGUUUGCGUUUUCUCUCGCUACUAUUACUCUGUUGUGUCUCCUCUUCGACUUCAAGCUUAUUCACUUUCAGUUAUCCCGUUCUUGAUCUUGUUGCUUGUCGUUCCCAUCAGAUUCAAGCCUUUACACAGUUCAAGAACGAGUUUGAUACCCAUCGUUGCAACCAUAGUGACCACUCUAAUGGAGUCUGGUGCGAUAACUCGACGGGUGUGGUCACGAAGCUACAACUCAACGCUUGUCUCAGUGGAACUCUGAAUCCCAACAGUAGCCUAUUCUGGUUUCAUCAGCUCCGUUUCCUUAAUCUCUCUCACAACAACUUCACCUCCACUUCAUUCCCUUCCGAGUUUGGUAAUCUCAACAAAGUAGAGGUUUUGGAUCUUUCCUUUAAUAGCUUCACUGGCCAAGUUCCUUCCUCAUUUAGUAACCUAAGUCAGCUAACCGAGUUGCACCUUUCCAAUAACCAGCUCACUGGUGGUUUCCCACAGGUACAAAAUCUAACUAACCUCUCCCAUCUAGACUUUGAAAAUAAUAAAUUCUCUGGAACCGUCCCUUCUUCUCUCCUCAUGAUGCCCUUUUUAUCAUAUCUUAAUUUAUAUGGAAACCAUUUCACCGGUUCCAUUGAAGUUUCUACCUCAUCGAAGCUCGAGAUCCUUUACCUUGGGCUUAAACCUUUUGAAGGACAAAUCCUAGAGCCUAUCUCAAAGCUCAUAAACCUAAAGCGUCUUGAACUUUCUUUUCUAAACAUAAGCUACCCACUCGACUUAAACCUCUUCUCCUCUCUCAAAUCUUUAACAUACCUCGAUCUUUCCGGUAACAGUAUAUCUCCGAGAAGUUUAAGGUCAGAUUUAUACAUCCCACUAACCCUUGAGAAGUUGCUAUUGGAGCAAUGCGGCAUCAUAGAGUUUCCAAACAUCUUAAAGACCCUUCAGAAGUUGGAGUAUAUAGACAUGUCCAACAAUAGAAUCAAUGGUAAAAUCCCUGAGUGGUUAUGGAGACUUCCUCGCCUAAGAUCAAUGAGUCUUGCAAAUAAUUCUUUCAACGGUUUCGAAGGUUCAACAGAUGUUUUAGUAAAUUCAUCAAUGGAGAUAUUAUUUAUGCAUUCAAACAAUAUUCAAGGGGCACUUCCUAAUCUACCACUCUCUAUCAAAGCCUUCUCUGCGGGUUAUAAUAAUUUCUCAGGAGAGAUACCUCUUUCAAUCUGCAACAGAAGCUCUCUUGCUGCUCUUUCUCUACCUUACAACAAUUUCACCGGUAAAAUUCCUCAAUGUCUGAGUAAUUUGACGUUUGUGCAUCUUCGAAAGAACAAUUUGGAAGGAAGUAUUCCUGACACAUUAUGUGCCGGGGACUCUCUUCAGACACUCGACAUUGGCUUCAAUCUAAUAUCUGGGACGCUUCCAAGAUCUCUCCUAAACUGCUCGUCUCUAGAGUUUCUUAGCGUUGACAACAACAGAAUCAAAGACACAUUUCCCUUCUGGCUCAAGGCUUUACCAAAUUUGCAAGUCCUUAUCCUAAGUUCAAACAAAUUGUAUGGUCCUAUAGCUCCUCCUCAUCAAAGUCCUCUCGCGUUUCCUGAGUUGCGGAUAUUUGAGAUAGCUGAUAAUAUGUUUACUGGAACCUUGUCACCAAGAUACUUUGUGAACUGGAAAACAUCAUCACUCACGGUGAAUGAAGAUGGAGAUUUAUAUAUGGUAUACAAGAAUAAUGCAUUCGGUAUAGAUUCGUAUGUGUAUAGGGAUACUAUAGAUAUGAAAUACAAAGGGUUAUCCAUGGAGCAACAGAUGGUCCUCAACUCCUACAGUGCCAUUGAUUUUUCUGGGAAUAGAUUAGAAGGACAGAUUCCUAAAUCUAUUGGUCUCUUGAAGGAACUCAUUGCACUCAAUUUAUCAAACAACGCAUUUACAUGCCAUAUUCCUCUGUCUUUGGCCAAUGCUACUGAGCUCGAGUCAUUAGACCUGUCAAGAAACCAACUCUCUGGGACUAUUCCUAAUGGACUCAAGACCCUCUCGUUUUUGGCAUACAUAAAUGUAUCUCACAAUAAACUCAAGGGUGAAAACCACAAGGAACACAGAUUAUUGGGCAACAUAAAUCCUCCUUUGAAGGGAAUGCAGGGCUUUGUGGUCUUCCUUUGGAGGAAACUUGCUCUGGAAAGAAUGCGCCGCCAACACAACAACCUAAGGAAGAAGACGAAGAACAGGAGCAAGUGCUGAACUGGAAAGCAGUGGCAACAGGAUAUGGGACUGGACUGUUGCUUGGAUUAGCUAUAGCUCAAGUCAUCGCUUCAUACAAGCCGGAUUGGCUUGUUAAGAUAAUUGGUUUGUUUCGGUUUUGCUUUUGAUCUUUGAAUGCAUGUCAAGUCGUUGUUGGUCUUGUUAUGAAGUAGUUACUUUUAUGGUUAAUGUUGGA